GAUGAUUUCCUCGGCAAUCACGCCAACCGUUCGGACACCGCCGGCGAUCUCCCGCAGAUUUUUUCACUCCUCGGCCAUAAUUACCGAUUUGUGUAAUUUUGGACCAACAUUGGGAUCCAACGAAGAUUACCUUUGCCGUUGGAAGACCUAUACAAUAUCGAAAUCAAGCAGUGCUACUCGAGAGUACAACUUAGGCCUAACCCACAAAGGAUUGCCUAUCAUUGAGUGGCCAAAGGAUAUAUCAGAGUUGCAUGACGGAGAUGAUCUCUUACUCGAGAAAUUCUUCGGGGUGAAUGAUAUGUGGCAUAUGAUUAAUGAAGUAAAAAGGAUGGUAGGAUCCAUGGAUGAUGGAGAAAUAAGCAUAUCUGCCUAUGACACUGCAUGGGUGGCCUUAGUUAAGAGCCUAGAUGGCAACAACAAGCCCCAAUUUCCUUUAAGCCUUCAAUGGAUCAUUAAUAACCAAUUUAACGAUGGAUCAUGGGGCUAUGACACUCUUUUCUCUGCUUAUGAUAGGAUUAUCAACACAAUGGCAUGUGUUAUCGCCCUUAAAUCAUGGGAAAUUUCCCCUGAUAUAUGCAAUAAAGGCCUUUUGUUUUUGAGGGAGAAUAUUUGGAGGUUGGGUGAGGAGAAAGAUGAGCUCAUGCCUAUUGGCUUUGAAGUUACCUUUACAUCAUUGAUUGAUAUAGCCAAGGGUUUGGGGUUAGAGGUUCCUUAUGAUGACCCUGCAUUGAAGAAGAUAUAUGCCAAGAGGAAUCUUAAGCUUAAGAGGAUUCCUAAAGAAGUGAUGCAUGAAACUCCAACAACACUACUACAUAGCCUUGAAGGGAUGGCAAACUUAGAUUGGACCAGACUUCUCAAGCUCCAAAGCAUGGAUGGCUCCUUCCUAUUCUCUCCAUCCUCCACUGCCUAUGCCCUUAUGCAAACAGGAAACAUCAAGUCCCUUGAAUACCUUCAGCGUGUGGUGGAAAAAUUCAACGGAGGAGUACCAAAUGUUUACCCAGUGGAUCUCUUUGAGCAUAUAUGGGUAGUUGAUCGACUGCAACGCCUAGGUAUAUCUCGGUAUUUUGAGCAAGAGAUUAAAGAAUGUAUGGAGUAUGUACAUAGAUAUUGGACAGAGAAUGGAAUUUGUUGGGCAAGGAACUCUAGUGUGCAGGACGUAGACGAUACAGCCAUGGGAUUUCGGCUUCUCAGACUUCAUGGAUAUGAUGUAUCUCCUGAUGUCUUCAACAACUUUGAGAAGGAUGGUGAGUUCUUCUGCUUCGCAGGACAGGCAAAUCAGGCAGUGACCGGAAUCUACAAUGUGAAUAGAGCUUCUCAGGUGAUGUUUCCAGGGGAAGCUAUUCUCGAACGAGCAAAAAAGUUUUCUUAUGAAUUUCUCAGAGAAAAACAAGCAGCUAAUCAGCUCUUAGACAAGUGGAUCAUAACUAAGGAUCUACCCGGAGAGGUGGAGUAUGCACUGGAUUUCCCAUUCUAUGCGAGUCUACCACGCAUAGAGGCAAGGUGGUUCAUUGAGCAGUAUGGUGGCGAGAAGGAUGUCUGGAUUGGGAAAACUCUGUAUAGGAUGCCAUUCGUGAACAACGACUUGCAUCUGGAUCUGGCGAAAGCUGACUUCAACCAGUGCCAGGCGAUUCACCAGCUAGAAUGGCUGGGCCUCCGAAAGUGGUACACAGAAUGCAAUCUAGCGAUGCAUUGUGUGAGUAGGAAGAGUGUGUUGAGGGCAUACUUUUUGGCGAGUGCUUGUAUUUUCGAGCCUGAGUGUGCAGCUGAGCGAGUUGGAUGGGCUAAGACUAAAGUCGUCGCUGAAGCUGUUUCAUCAUAUUUUCGAAGUGAAUCGUGCACAGAGGAAGCUCGAAGAAAGUUUGUUCAUAAUUUUCGUAAUGGUAGCAUAAGGUCAGCAUGGGAAAGGUCAGGAGAGGGAUUGGUGGGCGCCUUACUCCAACUAAUCAAUUCCUUUGCUUCAUGGGCAUAUUCCCGACUGGAGCAACCGCGACAACAGCAGAUCCUCGACCACUUGCGACAAGCUUGGGAGGAUUGGAUGUCGACAUGGAGCGCGGACAAAGAUGAAACCGGAACAUUGCUGGUACGGACAAUAGAAUUGUGCAAAGGAAGGACAAAUGUGAUGGUUCAGCCGGAGUAUGUACAAUUGGCACAACUCACCUCUUCGAUAUGCAGCAAUCUUCAGCAUCGCAUGCACCGGGCAAAGGGAAACAAAACUGUUGAAGAGAAGGCAGAAGACGAAGCAGUAGAUUCACAGAUGCAAGAAUUGGUACAAUGUGUGCUUCAAAAUUCAGAUGGUUCAAGCAAUCAAUCCAGGCAAACAUUCCUCUCUGUUGCAAAGAGCUACUAUUAUGCAGCUCAUUGCCCGCCAAAAACUCUCAACAACCAUAUCACCAAGGUGCUAUUUGAGCGUGUCGUGUGAUACAUGAGGCUUGUCCUGACCUUGUU